UUCUUUCCCCCGUCUGCGAAAAUCGCUCUCUUCCACCGGUUCAGAGUCUCCAGCGCAACCAUGGACCAAGAGCCGGUCAAGCGGCCACCUCCCAGCGCCAUCCCACGCCUAUCCAGACUUCCGUUGCCAACAGCCGCCGCGCCUAAGCUAGUACGGCCAUCUCCAUCUAGAGAGCGACUCCAGGCAGACCAAGGGCUUAAUGUUUCGAGACUCCGCAGACCGUCUGAAGAUGUGUUCAAAAAGCCACAUCUUCCCCCUCCCUCGUCCCGCAAAGUAUCCGACAACUUCUAUGCCCAACGGAGAUCCUCCCAGUAUGGCCAUUCGAUCAGAACUGCUGCGUCAGCGGAAAGCCUUGCAUCCAAAAGAGAUUCCGAGCUCUACCUUACCGAGACAGGGCCUUCCCUGGAGGAGCGAACGAUCGAGACUCUGUCGCAGAUCCCAUCUUCGCCCUCUCCCAGCAGGAGGCAGUCCGGAUUCUUUAGACCGUCUAGUCCGAUGCGCUCAGCAUCCCGGCCCACCUCCGAGAUCAGCCAGCACCCUGUCGCGCAAAUUACAUCUCCCACAAAGCAGUUCAGGCCUCGAGCAUCCCUGUCCACGGACCCUUCUCGCCCAAAGCCUCGUGCGGCAUCGAGUGCCCCUUCUUCGAGAAAGGCUAGUGAGAACAGCCGUAAAGAAGACCCCUCGGUGCCUUUGCCAAAGCAGGAUGUCGUUUCUCCACGUAUGCCUCCCAACGGUGAGAAGAGAAACGCGGUUCUUCGAAGCUCUAAAUCACGCCAAUCUCUAGCCCAGACUUAUUCCGAGACGAAUGGAUCUGCUCCAGCAAAAGACACCCCAAAGUCAAAACAACCCAAGCCCCGCAAGCCGUCCUCUACCCUCUCGUCCAACAUCACUUCUCCGACAUCUAGCGUCUCCAAAACAUCGCAAAGGACCUCCGUCACCUCUGAGAGCAAUUGCUCCGAGCCUCCCAGCAAGGUUCGAGAAGCUAAAAAAGCAUCCAAGUCCUCAAGUGCUUUGAGGGAAAGCAUUGCAAAGGCAAAAGCGGCUCGCAAGGCUGCAAGGCAGAGUAAUGCAAACGAUGCUUUUGCUGACCCGUUUAACAGUAUCUCGAUGAAAGAUCCUUUCAAUCAGCUGCAGAACGAAGCAUCCGACAAGGCACUCCUCAAGAGCAGAACGAGAGCUGCACGUAAAUCCGGCCACCUGAACAUUGCUGCUUUAGGCUUAAAGGAGAUCCCUCAUGAGGUCAUGACAAUGUAUGAUUAUGACCCUGAAAGUACCGAUGAUUGGUAUGAGGCCGUGGAUCUGGUCAAGUUUAUAGCUGCCGAUAACGAAUUUGAGUCUCUCUCCGAAGAUGCUUUUCCUGACGUUGAUGUGACUUCUUUGCAGAUGGACGAAGGCUGCAAAGGAAAUCAGUUUGGAGGGCUGGAGGCAUUGGAUCUUCACGGGAACCUUCUUGCCAGCCUCCCAAUAGGCUUAAGAAGACUGCAGCGGCUUCGCUCUCUUAAUUUGGCAAAGAACCGGCUGAACAUGGAUGCUAUUGAAGUGAUCACUCAGAUUGGAAAUCUGACCGAGUUACGGCUAGGGAACAAUGACCUUGACGGCAUGUUUACACCUCAACUUGGGUCACUUCAGAAGCUAGAAGUAUUAGAUCUUCGGGGUAAUGCAUUGACCGGACUUCCUGACAAUUUGUCUGAUUUGACGGGUCUGCGAGUUCUAAACGUUGCGGAGAAUCAGUUGACAUCCCUGCCUUUCAGCGCUUUGUCCAAACUUCCUCUGGUUGAGAUCAAUGCCCAGAAAAACCGCCUGCAAGGGUGUCUCAUUCCUGCGUCUAUUCGUCGAAUUGAGGGACUUCAGAUACUAAACGUGUCCGGUAAUUCGCUGGAAGGCCUUUCUGCGGGAGAUGUUUUAGAGCUUCCAAGCCUACAGCAGUUGUUCGCGGACGCAAAUCGUAUCAAAGCACUGCCCAACGUCUCCUCGUGGAUGUCUCUUCUUUCCCUGAUCAUUGAGGACAAUGACUUGUGUGAAAUCCCGGAGGGGCUUUCUGAACUGACUAAUCUAAAGCAUGCUGACUUCAAAGGAAAUAGCAUCACUACCCUUAAUGACAGAAUUGGGUUAAUGGAAAAUCUGAUGACAUUUCACAUUGGAAACAACCCUCUUCGGGAGCGGAAAUUCCUCUCUAUGGAUACGGAGAACCUCAAGCGAGAACUUUGCACCAGAUGCGCCCCUGAAGUACAGGAGGGUGAAGACGGGGAAGAGUCGGAUCACACUGAAUUCACUUUGGCACCAGAAAGGCCAGAAACAUCGCAUGGAUGGCGAGUGAAAUCUGGCGGAGUUCUGGAUCGCUCCUCUACGGACCUCUCCCGUUUGGAGGUCGAAGACUUGGAACCUCUCGUCUCCAGCUCCGACAUUCGUUGUCUCUAUCUUAAGCAUAAUCGAUUCGACAGACUGCCUCUUUCAGCAAUAUCCUUUCUUUCUCAUUCGCUGACUGACCUCGAUCUUUCACAUAAUCCGAUGAAUGGCGAGGACUUAUUCACGAGCCCCAUUGCUCUGCCGCAUCUCCAGAAUCUUACCCUAGCCGCUACCGGACUGACUUCCUUUGAGCCUCUUCAAUCCUUCCUCUCUGCGCCUUCUCUUAUGUUCUUAGACGUUUCCAAUAAUCGAUUGCGCGGUGCUCUUCCAACUUUGCGCUCUACAUAUCCAAAGCUAAUCACAUUCUUGGCAUCUGAGAACCAAAUAAACUCCCUAUCCUUCGAAGCCGUUGAGGGGCUCCAGGCUCUCGAUGUCAGCAAUAACAAUAUAGACUUCUUACCUCCUCGACUUGGACUCCUUGGUGUUGAAGAGUCCGGUGGCUUGAGGAGACUGGACGUUUCCGGGAACAGUUUCCGCGUUCCCAAAUGGCAGAUUGUGGCCAAAGGGACUGAAGCGGUUUUAGAUUGGCUGAAGAACCGCCUUACGCCAGAGGAAUUGAGGGAAUGGCAAGGUGAUACUGCCAAUAUGUGAUUUUUGAUAUGGUCCAAUAUCCCACUCUUGCGGAUCUAUUAUUAUUAUUCUUCUUUUCGUCCCCUAAUACUGUCUUAUCUACCGAAGAUUCUGUAUCUUAUGUAUUAUUUAGAUCUUUUUUCUAUCUAGUUACUAUCCGGGAAUAUUG